AUGCAAAUGAAGGGGCGGGGAGGGGCCAUCUGGGCGUGGUUUCGACGUGGGCGUGGCCUCGCCCUCAACUGUGACGGCACUGCUGGGCAGGGGGCGUGGCUUAGCCGCGGUGGGGGACGGGACGAGACGGCGCACCUGAGAGACGUCACAGCAAUGGCGGCGCUCGGGAGGCUGUUACCGCUGCUGCUGCUCCUCCCCGCGGCCUCCGCCGAGCCCCGGCCUGGGCCCAGCGGCCUCCCCGUGCCCGGUCCCUGCUGGCUGCCCAAGGCCGUGGGCCGGUGCCGCGCCGCGGUGCCGCGCUUCUGGUUCAACAGCACCAGCGGCUCCUGCCAGGCCUUCACCUACGGCGGCUGCGACGGCAACGCCAACAACUUCGCCACGGAGCGGGAAUGCCGGGAGAGCUGCGCUCCACUCCGCUCCUUGCCUGGGCCCAGCACUGCCUCCAGCUAUGCCGAGCACUGCCUGGCUCCCGCGCAGACCGGGCCGUGCCGCGCCGCUUUCCCGCGCUGGUUUUACAGCCCGCGCGACGGCGCGUGCCGCCGCUUCAUUUACGGCGGUUGCCAGGGCAACCGCAACAACUACGGCAGCCGGGAGGAGUGCUGGAAGCGCUGCGGCCGCGGUGAGCGC